UCUCUAGCUAAUCUCUAUCCCAAACCCAAUACAAUUCAAUCUCUCUCUCUCUCUCUCUCUCUCCCUUAUUAAUCACUCACAUAACCGUCAUUCACUUUAGCUUCAUAAUAAUAAUCAAGAACCAAACCAAAACGAAACGAAACGGCCAAUUCAGUAUCUCUCUCUCUCUCUAUCUCUCUCGCUUCACUCCUAAAUUUAGUGGUUGACGGUUGCGAUUUUGAGAGAAAACCGGCGGCAAUGGCGGCACCACCAACCGCGGCGACAGUGAGCGCGAGCGUGGCGGCGGCGGCUCCAGCUCCUCCUCCUCCUUCUUCGUCUAUUUACGUCGGGGACCUCCACCCUGACGUGAUGGACGAUCACCUCUACGAGGCUUUCAAAGGUUUCGACUCUCUCGCCUCCGUACGAGUCUGCAGAGACUCGUCGACGGGCCGCUCGCUCUGCUAUGGCUACGUCAACUUCGUCUCUUCCCAAGACGCAAUUCGUGCAAUUGAAGCAAAGAAUCACACUGCAUUGAAUGGAAAAGUGAUUAGGGUCAUGUGGUCACAUCGCGAUUCUGAUGCAAGAAAGAGCGGAAAAGGCAAUCUCUAUGUUAAGAACUUGAGUGAAUCAAUUGAUAAUCCGAAGCUUCAAGAUAUGUUUCAGAAAUUUGGGAAUGUUUUGUCUUGCAAAGUUGCCAUGUCAGAAGAUGGGAAAAGUAGAGGGCAUGGCUUUGUUCAAUUUGAGUCCGAGGAAUCUGCAAGUGCUGCUAUUGAGAAGCUAAAUGGCUCCACUGUUGAAGACAAGGAGAUAUAUGUUGGAUGGUUUGUCAAAAAGAAUGAACGGAUUUUGCCUAGCCCUGAUGCUAAAUUUACAAAUUUGUACAUGAAGAAUUUGGAUCUAGAUGUCACAGAAGAGCUUCUGCGGGAAAAGUUCUCCGAGUUUGGGAAAAUUGCUAGCUUGGUUAUCUCAAGGGAUGACAAUGGGACCUCAAGAGGUUUUGGUUUUGUAAACUUUGAUAACCCAGAUGAUGCUAGACAGGCAAUGGAAGCGAUGAAUGGAUCACAACUUGGCUCAAAGACUCUAUAUGUAGCAAGGGCUCAGAAGAAAGUGGAGCGUGAGCAAAUUUUGCGUCAUCAGUUUGAGGAGAAACGCAAAGAGCAGCUCUUGAAAUACAAGGCCUCAAAUGUCUAUGUGAAAAACAUUGAUGAUGAUGUGACUGAAGAAGAGCUGCGAGAACACUUCAGUCAGUGUGGCACAAUUACUUCUGCGAAACUUAUGCAAGAUGACAAGGGAAUAAGUAGGGGGUUUGGAUUUGUCUGCUUUUCCACCCCUGAGGAGGCCAAUAAAGCAGUGAACACUUUUCACGGAUACAUGUUUCAUCGGAAGCCACUGUAUGUGGCUCUUGCUCAGAGGAAAGAGGAUAGACAAGCCCAAUUGCAGCUUCUGUAUGCACAACGUAUGGCAGGACUAGUGGGGCAUUCAACUCCUGUUUUCCCUGGUGGAUAUCCUCCAUACUACUACACUCCUGGUGUCGUCCAAGUGCCUCCUAGGCCUGUGAUGAUGUAUCAGCCUCUGGAAUCAAGGCCUGGAUAUAGGGCAAAUGGUUUUGUCCCUCCAACCAGACCGGCCUUUCAAACAUCUCCACUUCCUAAUACUCAAAAGCAAAAUAGGCAUAACAGGGGCAGAAUGAACGGGCAUAUGCUUCCACAGGGUGGUGCUCACUCUCUUUCAUAUAUGCCCCUUUUGCAACAGAACACUCACUCAGUGACUUCUUUAAAAGAUUCAACCAAUCAGCAGCGGAUUGGGCAGGCUAAGUAUGUGCCAAAUGGUCAUCAACGUGAGAUGAGCAAAGGAUCUGGUGUCUCAUCUACUGCCUCUAAUUCGGGUGGAGUUGCACAACAGGGAGCAGAGAUGCUGAGUAGCAUGCUCGCUGCUGCUUCCCCUGAGCAGCGGAAGCAGAUACUUGGCGAGCGUCUCUACCCUCUUGUCCAGAAACACAAGCCUGAUCUUGCUUCUAAGAUUACGGGGAUGCUUUUGGAGAUGGAUAAUUCGGAAUUGCUGCUUUUGUUGGAGUCACCCGAAUCUCUGGCAGUGAAAGUGGAAGAAGCUGUGCAGGUUCUCAAGUACUCCAAGGCCAAAGUAUCUGGUCAAGAUGCCCUUCAUCCCAGUUACUUAUCUGCUGAAGUUGCAGUCAACUAAUAAAGGCAAUUGCGUUUAAAAUAGUACUUUUUUUGAAAGUUAUAGGAAAUGGUGCAGAGCUUGGCUUAAGCUCCGGGAGAACAAAUUUUUUGAUACUUGACAUCAGUGAAACUUCCAUAUCUCUGGGCCUCUGGCCCUGCAAAAGACCUUUUAGUUUCUCUUCACAGAACUCUUGCUUUUCAAAGAACAUUCAUGUUUCCUUUUUUUCUUUUUCUUUUUUUGUUGGAUAAAAGGUUAGAAACAUUCAUGUUUCCUUGCAAUAUGACGAACUUUCAUAUUGUGUGGUAGUUGCAUAGUUAUUACUGGCAAUAAGAAAGAGGCUUUUGGAACCAA